CCAUGCUUUAUAUCCAAAACAGUUGUUAAAGUGUUGAUACAACUAGGGAUAUCAGUUUAAGCCCCGAUUGGAUGGCUGGAUCAUGCCUACACCUCCACUUGUAAUUUCCCACAGUUGUAUCUUACCGGUCUCCAACCAAAUACACGGCACGGAAGGAGUAGUUGUGCGCGGCCUUAACCGUAAAGAGGAAGGAGGAAUACAGGGAUUCAGGGCCUCGGCCAGGGAGACGCCCACACAUACACACCUGAGGAUCAGCUAAGGAAACAAGAAAGAAGCCAUGGCAAUGGUACUAGAAACUUUCAUAUCCAACUUUGUCGACGUAAUCACUGAGAUCGUCGCAAAAGAAGAGUUCACUUUGGGCGCUCACCUCCUAGAGUUGAGGACGACGUUGCUUCAGCUUAACACCCUUGCCACUGGCUUUGACCUGUGGAGCAGCGAUUACACUGUCAAGGCUGCCAUUAGUGGCGUCAAGGAUGCCCUGUACAGUGCAACCAACAUGGACCACUUUCAGCACGAGCAACGCGGCUCCUCCAUGGGCACCGGUUGCUUUAUUCCGUAUCCGUACCAUCUGCUAGUGCAAAGGACUAUUGAUUUAAGAUCCCGCCGCAGAAUCGCCCAGCUCAAUUUGACACUGAAGUAUAUUAUUGUGGGGCUUACAAGCAGCCUCAACCAAAGGGCGCCCCGUCAUGUGAAGUCUUCAUCGAUCGUCCUGUCUUCAGAUACAGUUGGGGUAGAGGUCAACCCUGAUAUGGGCGAGAUUUUCGAAAUCAUUUAUCAAGACCGCGGCAACAUCAAGAUCGUUUCCAUUGUUGGGGCCGCCGGGAUUGGCAAGAGUACCCUUGCAAGGAAGAUUUUCGAAGAUGAGCGUACUCGUGGGCAUUUUGACACGGAAAUAUGGUUGAGCGUCAGUGGGAGCUUCAACAACGCUGAUCUGCUCAAGAACAUUCUCAGGUCAAGGGGGCAUGAACCGAGCGAGUAUUCUCAAGAUAUAUCCAACUUGGUGUCCAUGCUUCGGCGGGAAGUUCGUGGAAGAAAAAUAUUUCUGGUGCUGGAUGAUGUAUGGAGUUCUAGAGUAUGGAAUGACCUGCUGAGACCUGUCUUCACUGUUUGUAGACCCGGUAGCGUUGUUCUUGUCACCACCAGAAAUGGAGAUGUUGCUGCCGCUAUGGAACCUACACAUGUGCACAGAGUUGACAAAAUGAACCCCAAAGAUGCAUGGUCAUUGCUAAUGAAAAAGGUAGCCCCGGGUAACACAGAUGAACACCAAUUUGACAGAGUGAGAGAACUUGGAAUGGAGAUUGUCAAAAAAUGUGAUUCUUCACCCCUUGCCAUCAAAAUUGUAGCCGAACAAUUGAAAAAGAGAAACAGAACUAAUUCUGCUUGGUUGGAUGAAUUAAACAACCAAAAAUGGUCAGAAAAAGGAUUGCCUGCAGAACUGUAUGAGUCAAUUUACCUAAGCUUUGAUGAUUUACUUCCCCACCUGAAACAAUGCUUUCUUUACUGCUGUCUCUUUUAUGAAGAUGAGGUUAUCUAUUAUGAUAAGGUCAUCCAGAUGUUGAUGGCUGAAGGAUUUAUUCCUUCUGAUGGAAGUUCAAAUAGGCCAGAAGCUUUGGGGUUAGAGUACUACCGAGAGUUAGUAACAAGGAAUCUCCUUGAACCAUGUGAUGGGAAUUUUGAUCAAAGUCAUUGUGCAGUUAUCCCCAGUGUACUCCGUUCAUUUGCACAUCAUAUCGCAAGAGAUGAAGUGUUGCUGGUUGAAGACGGAAAAAUUACCUCUACACCAUUAUCAAAGUUUCACAGAGUAUCCGUGUCAAACAAAGGGGCUGAGUACAGUGAUUUACAGACACACAAGUCAAUAAGAGCAUUAUUAUCUUUUGGGAACAUGGUGAUCAAACCCGGUGAUUCUUUGAGUACUCUUCCACUCCUGCGGAUACUACACAUGAACAAGACAAAUGUCUAUACACUGGUUGACUCACUGCGCCACCUCAAACUUCUGAAAUACUUGGAUCUAAGCAACACAGACGUGUCUGCAUUACCAGACUACAUUGGCGAGAUGAAAUGCUUGCAGUGCAUCUGCCUUCAAGGCUGUCAAGAUCUGACAUGUCUUCCCAGGAGCAUUGUGAAUCUAGAGAGGUUGAGGUUUCUCGACCUCUCCGGAACACAGGUGAUGACAGUACCAAGAGACUUUGGAAGGCUUGUCAAUUUGGUGUUGCUGAAGGGAUUUCCAGCAUAUACUGAUACUGCAAAAAGUUGGUGCACCGUGCAAGAGCUUGGGCCACUUCACCAGCUUAUGCAUCUCACAAUAAGAGGCCCGGAGAAUAUAUCUGCCAACUCAUCGGCGACAUGUUCGAUGCUUGCUGAGAAGAGGCAUCUUAGGUCAUUGUGGUUAUGUUGCACUAGCAGUGAUGCAUAUGAGCAGCACAGCCAAGAGGUAUAUGACGAGCUCCGCCCCUCGCCAUCAUUGGAAGAUCUUACUAUUACAGGAUAUUUUGGAAGGCAACUCCCAGUGUGGCUGUUGUCAUCAGACCUCGAGAACUUGAGGCUACUGAAGCUUGAGAACUUGCGUUCAUGCACACAGCUCCCAUGCAGUUUUGGCCAGCUUCCCAGUUUGGAGUCGCUCUGCAUUAAACAUGCUUUGUCCAUCAGGCGCAUUGGAGAAGAAUUCCUCGACCCUACUUUGACCUUAGAAAGUGAUUCUGACGAGGAAAUAAAUGUCAUGAGUCAUCAUUUUGCUUCCAUGGCUACCUCUACUAUUAUAUUCCCAAAGCUGAGGAAGCUGAUUUUCUACGGAAUGCGGCAUUGGAAAGAGUGGGACUGGGAUGUGCAGUGGGAAGCGAUGCAUGCUCUAGAAAGUCUACAUAUCACUGGAUGCAGAUUGAGCCAUCUCCCUCCUGGCCUUGCAGCCCAGACAAUGGCGUUGAGAGUGAUCACAAUUGAAAGGUCCAAGGAUCUCCUUUCCAUAGAUAAUUUCAGUUCGGUUGUGGAACUUUGUUUACAUUCCAAUUCCAGUUUAGAGAAGAUUGCUAAUCUUCCUAAUUUGGAAAAGCUUAGGGUAUCCAAUUGCCCGAAACUGAAGGUAUUAGAAGCUGUGAAGGCACUUUCAAGCAUCGAACUGAAAGAUCAUGAGAUGAGAACACUCCCAGGGUAUCUGCAGGAUUUAGAACUAAGUCGGCUGCAGAUUGACUGUAACUUGAAGCUUCUGUAUUUCAUCUCUCUUAAAGACACUGCCUUAGAGUGGGACAAUGUUAGCCACAUCGAACAUGUGGAGGCCUAUGCAGACGGAUAUGAGCAGAACAAGAGAUUUGUUUUCAACAAAGAGCAAUAUAUUAAUAUCAAGAUGAUACCAAAUACGUCCAGCCUCUGCGACAACACAAUGUCAGGAGAUAAGCAGAAUAAGAGAUGUAGUGUAUUGUACACAAAAGAGACUGGAAGCUUUGUCACAUAUAUGAGCGAUUGUUCCAACUUUGCAGUGGAUGAAUCAGAAAGUUCGUCGGAACAACAAGAGUAAGGGGUACUUGCUGUUGUGCUCAGGCUGGUCGCCUCAUCCAAAAUAAGCUUCAGAAGUUAUUCGUCUCUAAUGUUCUAUGGCCAAUUGGCAAUGCAUUACAUACUAUGUGACCCCUCUUGGAUCCUGCCAUGUGAGCUGAUCUACGAGAACGGAAGCAUGCUGGGCUUUUGGUACAUUCCUAUAUCUGAGAUAUUUGUGAACUCGAAUGUGUUAAGGUUCGACUUGAUGCCUUUAGUUAACUGUGCUUGUUUAUGUAAAGAUUUGAAUGAGGAAGUUGUCUUCCACCCGAAAGAUGUGCAAAACAUU